GGAGCCUCGUAGUAGUAUCUCGAGCGCCCUUAACCGCGGUUCACGCCGUGUCAAGGCGAGAAAGACGGAGCUAGUCGAGGCAGAGCCGGCAACAGACGCGUUCGACGCUUUUCUUGGACGGAACGUGGUGCCCGGGGUGGCCGCGGCGAGUCGAGCGUGACAGCAGCUCUGACAGCGGCCGGCCCUCGACGGCCGGCGGAGCCUGUCUCGCGCUCCUUCGGACGAGCGCACGGGGCGCACGAGCGAGGGGAGUCACACGACACGAGUCGCGAGACAGAGACGGAGGCGAGAGGCGGACGACGACGUAAGUCGGACGGUCGAUCAGUCGGACGACACGGACGGUGGCUGCACUCGGCGAGUGCAGUAGCAGCGGAAGGCUCGGAAAGCAGCGCGGCCUACGAGCGAUUCCCCCUGCGUGUCUGAUGAGCUCCUCCGCCGCGCCGCUGCUGGUGGUAAGAUGGCUGUGCAGCUGGACGGAGGAGGGAAGGAGGACCUGAAAACACAGUUCGUCACGCGGGAGGGUACCUACAAGCUGAUGACCCUGUCGGAGUACUCGAGACCGAACCGGGUCGGCUACACCAACAGCCAGGGCAGCGCGUCCGUCAGGGUGUCCUUCGUCACGUUGCCGGACCCAGCGGAUCCCACGGGCGCCCAGGGUCUCGGCGACCGAAUGUGCUUCAACUUCGGCAAGGAGCUCUACGUUUACGUCUAUCGCGGCGUCAAGAAGGCUGUGGACUUGAACAAACCAGUAGAUAAAAAAUUAUACAAAGGGACUAAUCCAACUUGCCACAAUUUUAAUCAAACAACAGCGACAGCUGAUAGUGCUCCAUUAUUGGUGGGAUUUUCUACGGGGCAGAUACAAUUGAUCGAUCCGAUAAAGAAGGAACUCAGCAAAUUAUACAAUGAAGAUAGGCUGAUAGACAAGAGCAAAGUGACAUGCAUAAAGUGGGUUCCUGGCUCGAACAAUCUAUUUCUGGUUUCUCACAGUUCUGGUCAACUGUAUCUUUAUAACGAAGAGCUGCUUUGUGGCACCACAGCGCCUCACUAUCAAUCAUUCAAGUCAGGUGAUGGAUACGCCAUAUAUACCUGCAAGACUAAAUCCACCAGGAAUCCGCUGUAUCGGUGGGUGAUAGGUGCGGAAGGUUGUUGUAUAAAUGAAUUCGCCUUCAGCCCUUGCGGCACGAAUCUAGCUGUGGUAUCUCAAGAUGGAUUUCUGCGCGUUUUUCAAUACAAUACCAUGGAGUUGGUCGGUUCGGCAAGAAGCUAUUUUGGUGGCUUUUUGUGUGUGUGUUGGUCACCGGACGGACGUUACGUGGUGGUCGGUGGCGAGGACGAUUUGGUGACCAUUUGGAGCUUCCACGAGAAACGCGUCGUGGCGCGGGGACAGGGUCACCACAGUUGGGUGAGCGUGGUCGCCUUUGAUCCGUAUACCACGUCCUACGGCGAUCACGAUCCUGAUUUUAGCGGCUCGGAUGACGAGACGAUGCCACACAGCAAUCACAAUCACUUCCACGAGAAGUCGCACCGUCUUUCUACGACCUCGCAAGGCGGCGGUGGCGGCCACUCGAAUCGUAACUCCUGUGGCUCCGAAUUGAGAAUGUCGGGUGGCACAUGCUACAGGCUAGGCAGUGUAUCCCAAGACACUCAGCUGUGUCUAUGGGACAUCACGGAAGAUGUAUUGAGGCAACCUGUGUGCGCCAAGCAAAGAUCCUCCGUAGCAGGUACUACCAGCGGUACCCUGUCGUCUUCGGGUACGUUUAAUAGUGGUAACGGGACAGCGGCGACGGCGAAUCAUCACUCGAACUCGAAUGCUAAACAUAAUAACUCGAAUAACGUAAAUUUCAAAGAGAACGCGAGUGGUAAUAAUGAAAAUAGUAAUAAUAGCACGAGCACGAACGCCGCAGUGGCGACCGUGAAUUCGUUGACGCAGAGGCUAGCGGGUCUUGGUUUUGGCGAGCGUAAAGGUGAUAAUCACAAGAGAAACUUUAGUCUCACUAUGCGAGGCGGAGGCACCGGUGCGGCAGCGGCGACAACAGCGGCCAACAACAGCACGACAGUCGUGCAAAACAAUGGUGGCGAUAAGGCGAGCACUGGAAACUCAACGAAUACGACGAAUAGUAGUCUGAACAACAGUGUCGGUGGGGGUUUAGUAGGUGGAACGGGGAAUAAAAAGGUUAGUUCCGUGAUGGACGAUCCCAUGAGAUUGAUAGGGACCGCCUGGUGUCCCAGGUUCGACGAGUGCCCGGUCCUCGAGCCGCUGGUGUGUAAGAAGCUGGCGCACGAGAGGCUGACUGAAUUAGUGUUUAGGGAAGAUUGCUUCGUGACGGCGUGUCAGGACGGAUACGUGUACACGUGGGCAAGACCCGGCCACAUGAUUAAUGUUCUGUACCACGCUUUGGCUGAUGCAAGAGAAUAUCGUGGAUGAGACUUCCCUGAGUUAUCGCAUGCCGGGGAUCGGCCAGGUCGGCGGCGCCGCUCUCCACGUGGUUAGUCCGGCGGAAGGCGGCGGUACCAUAGUAUAGCCAGAACCGGACAUCGACGUCGGUCCACCGCUGGGUCAUCAGGAGGAACCGCAGAGCUCGUCGCGGGCGACCGAGGCGCAAUUUCAGCAGGCGUAUGUACGCCGACGUCAUUUGUACUACGUGUGGCCGAGCGAGAGUUAUUCCGAUACGAUUUAAGUGAGCGAUUGCUCGGCCAGGAAGUGGACGAAUUAAAAUGAAAACUCGAGGGGAAUCCGUCUCUUUGAAACCGAACAUCUCAGCUCUUGAAAAUUAGGGAUUGACCUUUAAAUUCGCGAAAUUUUAGUUUCGGUAUAUCAGCAAUAUUCUAUAAUAAAGCAAAUAUGCAUCGAUUGUGCAAUAGAAACUCUAGGCCGAUAUUCAUAGUCCGUUCUUGUAUUUAAGAUCAUCUUAGGUAGGGUUUAAAAAAUGUUAUACAUUAACUGAACAGAAUCUUAAGUCUUUAGAAUCUUGAGAAUCUUAAGAAUCCAAGAUUAGACUUAAGGUGAUUUUAAACGUAGGAAUUAUGAAUAUCGGCUUUAAUCAACUGAUCUUAAUAGAGAAUCUGCAUUCCCGGUAGUUUUGUUGUCAAAACAAUUUUUAACGAUAUUAAAUCUAUAACGCCCGGUUUAGAAAAUCAAAAGAAACACAAGUUUACGGAUUCUUAUAAAUUCUUUUUAAUUCGCCUACAUUUUACGGGCCGCAGCUUAACGUUUAAACACCCAUACACAUUCACACAUACAGUGCUUUCGUUUUGGCAAGUCGAUCUUCCGGUGCAUAUCAUUUCUUCUUCCUCUUUCUUUCCUUUCUGUCGCGACGAUGACAACGUUACGCGACCUCGCGCCUCUUUCUCCGCAAAAAUCCGCGGGGUCAGGGAAGCAAUCUGUGUAUACAUGUACAUACAUAUACGUGUGUAUAUCUGAUGAUCGUGGCAGAUGCGUUGUAUCAUUCCAAAUAAGCGGUAAGCGUAGUAUAUGCAUCUCAAUUGGCGGGACACGUGAGUUCCUCGACGCUACCAAGAGCAUUUUUCCGUGUAUUUAUUAUGUGAAGCGUUGAAAUUUAUAUAGACUUAAAUCACAGAGAGCCAACUUUAGGACAGAUCGAAAGGAUAAUCUAAGCUCUAUAUUCCACAUAAAAAUAACUCGUUCUAACUUGCUCAUACGAUGCUAUGUAUUGAACAAUCGAACAACACGAACGUUUAUAAAAUAUAUUUAAAGAAUACUCUCUCUAAACGUUUUAGAUAUUCUUUCACUUGGAUGACCAGAAGUAGCUACGGAACAUUCCUCAAAUAGAAUUAUUUUGUUAAAUGAUUUUUAAUUGAAAGUGUGACUUGGGUCUCUAUCAUUCUCAGUGCUUCAUUUAUCGGUUGAUUAUUUCGAAGGAAAUAUUCCGCAAGGCCGCGCGCGCGCGCGCGCGAUAUUAAUUAGCUUUUAAUUUAAACAUAGAAAUAUACGUAGGAAUUAUAUAUUGUAAUUAAUAACGAAAUACACGCAGCGUUAAUUUAUAUCAUUCUAGAGUACCUAUUCCCGACUGCUUAUUUCGAUUGCUUAUGUCGAUUAGCUUUGAUUACGAGCAUUCCUGCGCAAUUUCAGAGAUUAAAUAUCUAUCUGUUAUCAUAUUUUCGGCCUUCGAAUGGUCCUUUAUUUUAUGCCGGCACAGUAAUUCGUUGCAGCACCGUUUACUCAAAUUUUGCUUUGAAGACUCGAUGCAAAAAACAGGCUGUAAAUCAAGUUCAUCAUCAGAAGUUUUUAUUCUCAAUCGAAAAAAAACUCGUUAUAAUUAAACUUGAAAAACUGGAAUCGCACACAUGUAUAUUUACGGAAUAUAAAAUAGAUAUAAAGAAUAUAUUUGUUUAAACAAAUAAGAUAUCAUUUAGAUUUUCCUAAGGUUUUCAUUUGUUUCCAGUAUUUACAGCUUUUUUUACGUCAAGGCUUCUUUAAUGUUAAAAAACACCUCGCUACGUUUCGUAACAUGCAACGUACGCACCGUCGCAGAAAUUCUAUCAAGGCACUGAUAUAUUACACCGAUAAGAGGACCGAUUCUCGAUAAGACUUUUUCGUUUCGAUAUUUUCGUUCUCGUACGACGGUGGAUUAUACCGUAUUUCGAGGCACGACGACAUGUAUAUUAUUAUUUUAGCAAAUGCAAGCUCGUUAAAAGUAUGCUGUGAUAUGUGUGCUAUAUGUGAGGACAUUGACAAAUGAUGCAAGCGAUGAAAGUCACUUCCAAGCACUCUGUCGUGCAUCGAAAAUGGACGAUCGGACUUGUGACGAUUACACAUAUAACUAAUAACUGAUUAGUUUCUUAUUUAUAGGCAACAAUCGAAGCCGGCCUGCGACACCAGACUAUAAUUCAUCUAACGAUUCUGCAAGAAAAGGGACGGAUGAAUCUAAACGAAUCGAAAGAGAUUUUUUUUUUCCGUUCGUAAUGAUUAUCUAAUCUUCGCAGAUUGAAAUCUUUUAAUUUCUUUUUAUCUUUUUUCUAUUCUCGUGUGACAUACUUAAGCAAUCGAUAUGCAAUCUAAACUGAAUCAUGACGUAUAAGUGGGAGAGAGAGAGAGAGAGAGAGA